AUGCUCUUGGGAAGACCCUGGACUCAUGAGAAUGAAAUUAUACAGUCUACUCUUUAUCAAUGUUUCAAAUAUUAUCGAGACGGUGUAGUUAGAAAAGUUACUGCCGAUGAUAAACCUUUCACGGAGGCCGAGACUCACUUUACCGACGCCAAAUUUUAUCUUAAAAAAGAAGCAAAAGGAAAAGAGUCAGCAAGGGAAGAAAGUCAAGAUUCCAAAGUACCCAUUUUGCGUUAUAUUCCAAGAUCAAAGAAAGAAGAAGGUCAGUCUUCUUUUAUCAGGAAUGACACAUUAAAUGUUCUGCUCACCAAAAUAGAGUCGGUUAAAAGUGAGAAAGUGAGCUUGCAAGGUUUUGUCCGUCCCAAAGAAGAACCGGCAGUAGAACAUUACUCACUACCAACUAAUCGGACUCAAGAAGGUUUUGAUCCAAACGCAUAUAGACUUGUUGCUAAGGUGGGUUAUAACCCAAAUGAGAAGAAUGCAUUAGACAAACUCCCUCCUGAAGUGACUGGCGAGAAGACCCACGGAUUGACACCUACGCAGAAAAUGUUGAAAGAAAGAGGGUAUAACAUUGAGAAUUCAUCGAUGGGUCUUGGUUAUCAACCGCCCUCUCCGCCAAAAAAUUUGAAACCGCACGUCUAUGAGAAAUUGGGCAGCAAAAAACAAGGGUACCAAAUUGUCAAGGAAGAAGAUUUUACUCCAAUAAAGAAGAAUGGUGUGAGGAAACGAGUUUCCAAUUUCUUUAUGCAUUAUGGAGACUUGUUUAACGUAAGGAUCGAAACUAUUUUUGAAGAACAGGGUCAAGAAAGUAUUGCUUUUUGCCAUCAUAUUACGAUCAGUGAUCCUGAAGAAGAAGAAGAUGAUGCAGAUGACGCUCCCGUUGAAUUUGAACAAGGAGUAAAAAAUACAGUCGAUGCGCUAAAAGAGAUUAAUCUUGGCACAAGUAACGACCCUCGCCCAAUUUACAUAAGUUUUUGUAUGACUCCUGAAGAAGAAAAAGAGUAUGUUGAUUUGCUGCUCGAGUUCAAGGAUGUGUUUGCCUGGAAUUACUCAGAAAUGCCUGGUUUGGAUCCAAGAGUCGCUGUUCAUAACUUGUCGAUCAAGCGAGGAACAAAACCUGUCAAGCAAACUCAGAGACGUUUUCGACUCGAAUUGAUUCCUUUGAUAGAAAAUGAGAUAAAUAGAUUGAUUGAAUCUGGAUUCAUACAAGAAGUAAAAUAUCCAACAUAG